GACCUCGCGGACGCCGAGGACGGCGCCGAGGGCGGCGCCGAGGACGGCGCCGAGGACGGCGCCGAUGGCAGCGCAUCGCUCGCGGGACCGGGCGCCCAGGACGACGACGAGGUCACCGAUGACGGCGCCGAGGGCGGCGACGCGGGCGCCGGGGGCGGCGCCCAGGGCGGUGCCGAGGGCGGCGCCCAGGACGCGGUCGGCGCCCACUGGCUCCGCAAGAUGAACGCGCACGUCGCAAGGCGACGGGCGGGCGAGGGCGGCUGGACCUACAAGUGGUUCAAGCCUGG